UUCCCUGUUUGAUUUCCCCUUCACUGAAGAAGAAGAAAACCCUCCCAACUCCUAUUUGUGAAGCUAUCAUACGCUGUCAUCCAUGUAUAUACCAUGGCUAUCUCAAAUGUACACACCUCAGCUUUACUGCAAAAUGAAUGUGGCUUAUGUUUUCUUUUUGGAUUGAAGCUGGCUUGAGGGAAAACACAUCAAAUGGCUGUAUUUCUCAAGAAAGUUGACAAGACUGAGGUGACAUGAUAGAAAUUCAUAAAAUUACUCAUGGCCUGGAGGAAAUGGACAAAGUAAAGUUUCUCUUUCAUAACUUGUGGACACCCAAUGAUGUUGAAUGUUAGAAGAUUCAGGACAGAUAAAGUACUUGUUCACACAGCACAUAGUCAAAGUAUGGAGCUCAUUCUGUCCUGUAUGCCAUAUCUGCACAUGGCUGAUAGAAUCAAAAGAGAAGUGGAUUAGAAGCUUACGAUGUCUUCAGGUAAAUCCUGCCAUUUUAAUCUCCUGGGUCCCAUAAUCUGCAAAACGCUUUCCCAUUUUACCACCUUUCUAUUUUUUGCCCUGAACUUCCCAUGCCCCUUUUGGGAUCCCAUCAUAGCACUCUUCUCUCAUUGGCUGGAGGAGGAUUUAGUGGGUACUUAAACAUCAGGUGCUUCUUUGAAGAGGCUUUUGCAAUUUUAAAACUCCAUCAGAGAGUGUGAAAUUUUCUCAGGAAGCUCCCCCAAUCAUCCCUGCUCUUUAGCAAGCCUUAGGAGGUUUGCUGUUUUCUUUCACUUAUAAAUACCAUACCGCCUGCUUCUGAACUGUAACAAGGGGGAAGCCUCUAGAAGUCCUCCACUGUUUUUUCAGAGACGUGCUCACCUCUUUUGCUUUACAAUGGGGAACAUGGAUGGAAAGUCUGUUGAGGAACUGAGCGCCACCGAGUGCCACCAGUGGUACAAGAAGUUCAUGACGGAGUGUCCCUCCGGUCAGCUGACCUUGCAUGAGUUCAAGCAGUUUUUUGGCUUGAAAAACCUGACUCCAGCAUCAAAUGAAUACAUCGAGCAGAUGUUUGAAACAUUCGACUUUAAUAAGGAUGGCUACAUUGAUUUUAUGGAGUAUGUGGCAGCUCUAAGCUUGGUCCUGAAGGGAAAAGUGGAACAGAAGCUGAGAUGGUACUUCAAACUGUAUGAUGUGGACGGAAACGGCUGUAUUGACAGGGAUGAGUUGCUAAACAUCAUUAAAGCGAUUCGCACCAUCAACCCAUGUCAUGAAGUAAUGACAGCUGAGGAAUUCACAAACAUGGUGUUUGAUAAAAUCGAUAUAAAUGGAGAUGGUGAGCUGUCUCUGGAGGAGUUCAUGGAGGGAGUACAGAAAGAUGAGGUUCUACUUGACAUCCUGACCCGUAGCCUGGACCUGACGCACAUUGUUCGAAUGAUCCAGAAUGAUGGAAAGAAUCCUGAGGAAGCAGCAGGAGCUGCUGAAUAGACAGAUUUGAAUUUUUCAAGGGGAAAGGAAAAAUGCUAAAUAUAUGUAACACUGCAUAAACAAAAAUCAGGGAUACAAA